GGCCAUCCUCAAUGUUUUGCUUCUGUCCUGGAAGGUGAAACUUCCACCGAUGAUGGAAAUCAUAACUGCUGAACAGCUGAUGGAAUAUUUAGAAUGGCGCAAACAUUUAGAAGACUGAUAACACCCAUUCUUGGAAAGGAGAUUACAUGCUUGAAGCAAAGCCAAAAGAAAUUUCAGAAAUUCAACGUUUAAAUUAUGAACAGAAUAUGAGUGAUGCUAUGGCAGUCUUGCACAAACUACAGACAGGCUUGGAUGUAAAUGUAAAAUUCACUGGUGUUCGAGUGUUUGAAUAUACACCAGAAUGCAUAGUAUUUGAUCUUCUUGAUAUUCCUUUAUACCAUGGGUGGUUAGUGGACCCUCAGAUUGAUGACAUUGUAAAAGCUGUUGGUAACUGCAGCUACAACCAACUAGUGGAGAAGAUCAUCUCUUGUAAGCAGUCAGACAAUAGUGAGCUGGUUAGUGAAGGCUUUGUAGCUGAACAGUUUCUAAAUAACACAGCCACUCAACUGACAUACCAUGGAUUAUGUGAACUAACUUCAACGGUUCAGGAAGGGGAACUUUGUGUCUUCUUUCGGAAUAAUCAUUUUAGCACCAUGACCAAAUACAAGGGUCUACUGUAUCUGCUGGUAACAGACCAGGGGUUUCUUACUGAAGAAAAAAUUGUUUGGGAAAGCCUUCAUAAUGUUGAUGGUGAUGGAAAUUUCUGUGACUCAGAUUUUCAUCUGCGGCCUCCUUCAGAUCCUGAAACUGUAUACAGAGGACAACAAGAUCAGAUCGAUCAGGACUAUCUUAUGGCAUUAUCUCUACAACAAGAACAGCAGAGCCAAGAGAUCAAUUGGGAACAAGCACCGGAAGGAAUCAGUGAUUUGGAACUCGCAAAGAAACUCCAAGAAGAAGAGGAUAGACGGGCUUCUCAAUAUUACCAGGAACAGGAACAAGCAGCAGUUGCUGUUGCUUCUACUUCUGCUUCUACCCAGGCUCAGCAGAGCCAGCCAGCACAAGCCUCUCCGUCAAGUGGAAGACAAUCGGGAAAUAGUGAACGUAAACGAAAGGAACCUCGAGAAAAAGAUAAAGAAAAAGAAAAGGAAAAAAAUAGCUGUGUUAUUUUGUAACAAGUGUUGGAUUCUAUUGAAACCAUCUAUAUGUCUUGAGAAACAAAACCACAGGAGGAAAGGAAGAAAAACCGAUAAAUACCGUCUGUGCCUGAUUUCCCAAUGGAUUUUGUUCAUGUUUUUCAGGGGAAAGGUUGUUACUUAACUUAUAAUCAGACUUUUCAAGUCACACAGUACACUAUUUAUGAGCUGGAGUUUCCUGUUACAAGUUGGAAAUGCUGUGUGUUGUCAUUCAUGAAAAAUACUGCACUUGUAGCCAAAUAAGCAAAUCACAGCAAAUUUUGUGUCAUAGUGACAUUCAUAACUCAUAUCAGUUAGUAAGCUAUUUUAUCUUCUGUUCUAACAAUGAAUGGAGGUAAUUGAUUUUGUCUGAUUCCUUCCUGAAAACUAAAUAUUAGCACACUAGUUUCUGAAAUUAAUUUUUCAAUAUUAAAUUAUGAUCUAAUCCACAAGAAACCAGGGGUUUAAUAUAGAGAUUUAAAAGGAAAAAAAAAAAGACA